AUGAAGUAUUCUGUUAUUUAUUCAGCAUUCAUCUUUGCAAUUGUUUUAUUUGCUGGUUCAAAGGUUCAAGGUGCUUCAUCAUAUUCAUCGAGAUAUUUAGCAAAAAAGAGAAAUGUAGCCGAAGGUCGUAUUGAACCAGUUACAACAACUCUCAUUGUGUCGGCCGUUGCUCCUAUAGUUGUUAGUCUCUUUACUGGUCUUUUGGGUAAUUUAUUCAGUAAACCUAAUGAUACUGAACAGCGUGUUGUUUAUGGUCGACCAAUGCAAGUCAAAUUAUGUGGUGCUGAAAAUUGUAUACAAUUAUUAGAUAAAGGUUCAGGUUUAACAACAGUUGGUAAAGGUGAUACAAUUCAACAUGCAUUGGGUGAUGCUACUGGUGCAAUGUUAACAACUUUAUUACAAAGAAAUUUAUUAAGCAUGCAUGAUUUAUGUCGUGAACAUAUUCAUUUUCCUCAUCCAGAUAAAGCAAAUUGUCCUGGUGUAGAAAUUAAUACAUGUGAACUUAGUAAACCUGUACUACCUCAACCUGCAUGUAUGGACUCACAUGGUGAUAAAUAUUGUAAAGGUAUGAAAACGCAUUGUAAGGAUACUAUGUUUUCAACAUUUAUGAUGCAAAAUUGUUAUAAGACAUGCACAAACGAUUGCUACAAGCCACCACCUGGUCCAUGUGAUUACUAA